AUGACGUUGCCGGUUCUGGCGCUGCAAGCACACGUGCAACUCCCGGAGCUGCGAAUACAGAUCAUUUACGGCAAUUCCAACAAGGAUUACGUCCACACGCAGAAACCGCUUGUGGAACUGCAGCAGAAAGGUGCUGUCUCCCUCACACCCAUGCCGGACAAAGCAUUUCAUGCCAGCCGGUUGUUCCCCGUUGCACACUCCCAGAUGCUCAUGCCGCCUGCUGCUGGCCACCCCGAAGGGUUUGCUGGCGCAGACGGACUCAUGGAUCUGCCAUGGGGCCCACGAGCAUUUGAAAGACUUCCUUCAGUAUGA